GAAAAGGGGUCAGCCCAUCGCCCACGUUCGGUGUCAGCCUUCUUGCUUGAAAGUAAGCGCUUCUCCUGUUCUUUCUUCUGCCGGACUGAAAAAUUUCAUCGCGACUUCCGCAAAGGAUUCCUGCACAGGCCAUGGAGGAACGAGACCAGUGGGGAAGCAAGUGCACUUUCCUCCUCUCCCUCAUCGGAAUGUCCGUCGGAAUGGGAAACGUCUGGCGGUUCCCGUACGUCGUCUACGACAACGGCGGUGGGGCAUUUAUUAUUCCGUACAUCACCCUCACGAUGAUCGCCGGAAGACCAAUGUACCUGCUGGAGCUCAUCCUGGGUCAAUUCUCCGGAUACGCACAGACAAAAGCCUUCGAUGGAUACCCGAUAGCAAAAGGCGUGGGUUGGGCCAUGGUGUACGCCUCGGUGUCGCUGGCAGUCUUCAACAGCAUGGUGCUGGCCUACGUCAUCAUUUUCCUCUACUACUCGCUGGGGGGCACGACGACGUUGCCGUGGACGCAGUGCGACCCCUCUUGGGCCGACGAACAGUGCUACGUCAAGGAGGAAGGCGUUUUCUCCUGCAAGGCGGUGGAGCAGAUGGCGCUGAACAAGUACAAACCAGAGUGGCUGUCCAAGUUGACGGCGCAGAGUUUGGCUCGCCUUAACGACGGAAACGACACCUCGAACCACACCAUCUUCGAGGGGAGGCGAUUCGCCAGCAACUGCAUCAAUGCCACCCAAAUAUCGUCGUACCAUUUUUUCUACAAGAAAGUGCUCGGGUUCAGCCCCCAUAGCAAAGACCAAGGUUCGUACCAGGCCCACCUUCUGCUCGCCGUGGCCCUUGGCUGGUGCUGCGUGUUUGCCUGCGUCCACGAUGGCAUCAGGUCGCUGGGAAAGGUCAUCUACAUCACCACCACACUGCCGUUCGGGCUACUGCUCAUCAUACUGGCGCGAGUCCUCACGCUGCCAGGAGCGUCUGUGGGGCUCAAGUUCUUCAUCGUGCCCAAGUGGAGGGAAGUCCUGUCUGUCACGCUCUGGAGGAGAGCCGCCGAGCAAGUGAUCCUGUCGCUAGGCCUGGGCUACGGCACCGUCAUCUGCUAUGCCGGCUUUGGCAGGCUUCGAAACAAGCUCAGGAACGACCUGGAAGUAGUCAUCGCGACGCAGUUCUUCGCCAGCUUCGGUUUCGGCCUGGUCGUCUUCUCCGUGCUUGGCUUUCUGGCGUCAAAUCAACAUAUACACAUCGAAGACAUCAUUACCUCUGGCUUCGACAUGGCCUUUGUGGCCUAUCCAGAAGCCGUGAGCCACUUCAGGAACGCUCCCCUGUGGGUGGUCUGCUUCUACGUGGCGCUGUUCUGCAUGGCACUCAACGCCCAGUGCGCCACCGUUCAGGCCGUGCUGAGCCCCAUGCGGGACGAGUUUUCCCCCGCUCUGCGACCUCGCCGUUGGGUUAUGGCCGCCACUGGGUGCCUGGCGCUCAUGUUCUGCGGGUUGCCCAUCACGCGACACGAUGGAAUCUUCACAAUGAAAAUGAUCAACGGGUACUUCGGGGAUCUGUUGCUACCGAUGUUGGCGUUAUUCGAAAUGUGUGUCAUCGUCCAUGGAUACGGUUUAAUUCGUUUUUGUCACGAUGUUUGCUUUAUGCUCAAGAAAUGGCCGCCGUUCGAGCUAAGAUUUUCAUGGAAAUACACCUGCCCUGCCGUUCUCCUGGGCCUUUGCAUUACGAACGCCGUGUUCUUCGAGAAACUCAAGAUAGCCGGGCACGACUUACCCGUCUGGGGGACCUGCGUUGGUGUAACGCUCGUAUUUAUAGGCCUGGCGAUUGUUGUUGCCUUCUGCGUGUACCACCUUUACGUCUUUGAAUGGGUGCGGCUGUUACACGACUUUAUACCAAACAUGCGACCGCGGCCACUGCCGGCGCAGGACUACGACGCGGCGAUGAAGUUCAGCGACGACUGGGGUCCUCGGGACCCCGACGAGAGGUUGCGCUACCACGCGUACCUUAAGAGCCAGAACAUCGAAGCCGUGGUCACCCUGAACGAGGACGCGACCGACGGCCCCAGCCAGGGACAGUCGUCCGGCGAAGAAGGCGAAAGCCACAGUGGCGACCAGCGCCCCUCCGAUGUUGUUGUCGGCGCCGAAGAGCCACCGCCAGACGCAGCGGCGGCCCCGUCGGACACGUCGGCGGUGCCCACGGCUCCUGGGGCUCAGUUGGAGGGCGAGACGCAGCGUUCGGGCGCGGACCGCGGCGAGCGGCGCCAGCAGGGUGGACGCACGCUGGUCGUCUCCAAGUCGGGCGUCAGCUUCGCCACCACGCCGCUGUCGGACGGCGAAGAAAAGCCGCCCGAAGCCGGCAGCUCCUAAGCGUCCCUCUUUCAUUGUAGAUUUACUCGUCGUUUCUGCGCACUGCAGAGCCGCAGAUACCUCAAGUGUUUGUGCCGUAAAAAUACAACAGGCUGCAAGCAGGGACGGUGUUCUUUCUGUGCAUGCCUUCAA